AUGGAGAUGACGGCUUCGGGGUCGCCCGUCAGUGUUUCACUGCACAAUUCCAAAGGUCCAGAGGAUGGGGGCGAAGUCCCGAAGAAUCAUACAAACCUGGCUGACAAUGACCUCUCCGUUAACGAAUUUGCACCCGGCGCUGUAUCUCUCUGGCAUGCCCUUCCGGUCGAAGUCUUCGCAGUCAUAUUCGACCAUCUCGUAGCAGUUGUCCACAACGAUAUGAGCAUAACUCGCAAAAAACGCCAACGUGCCAUCAAGUGCCGGAUCUCGCACAUUUCACUAGUCUGUUGGCACUGGUGCCGCUCCUUCCGACACUUUCUCUUCCAGCAGCCAUGUCUCGAGUCCCCAGAACACAUCCAAAUCCUCACCAACAUUCUUAAGAACCCAAUGUCGAGCUGGUUGCGCGAGCGCAUUACUUCAGUCUUCUUCCGAAACCGUCGCAAGGGCGAUGCGAUGCAGAUGCCCUGGCCACAAUGGAGGACGCUUCUGCAGUUCUUGCCCAACCUCUCCUACCUGCGGGUCGCUGGGCAUUUCGGGUACAUGCGCAUCUACGCGUGGCGCGACAGGCCGGUGCUCAACGGGCUGCAUAGCCUGCGCUCGCUCCAGCUGAUCAGCAUGCGCUUCCCUUCGUCGUCCGGUCUGAUCCGCGUUCUUGGCGCACUGCCGCAUCUCGAAGGGCUCUCUCUCGGGGCCGUCAGAUGGCCGGCGACCGAGGGCUCUCCGACACAGCUCGUCUCGUGCGGCUCGGGAUUCGAACGUAUCCGGCGUGCCGCGUCGUUUGGCACUUCCGAACACUGGCCACUCGCUUGGCUUUUCGCCGCCGCGAGCACUCGCCACAGAUACUCAAUGCGUGUCGACGCAAGUGCGAUUGUACCCCCGGAUGUCCUCGCCAUUGUUCAGCUAUCAGACAUCGCAUGGGCGAAGAUAUCUACAUUUUCUCUCUGA